GAGAGGCUACAGAAGGGCUCCAGGGAGGUCCCCAACAUGCGGCUGGACUUUCCCUUUUCCGCCCAAGAAAACUGUGCUUUUUGAAGGUUGCAUGUCCUUUUCCUCCAGCAAAAGAAGUGAAGCUGCAAAGGGCCCUGAGAGGGUUUUCUUCAGUGAGAGAGUGGAGGCAAACAAGAUGGCGGCCCAGCAGAACAAAAUGGCGGACCCUGGCCUUCUGUUGCAAGCUCAAGUGAAAAUGGAGGCUCAGUGCCAAGGGGAUGGCGCUGCCGUAGAAGGUGAUGGAAAAUCCCCCUUCGUAAUCCAAUCAGGAACCGCAGAUUUGCUCUCCAAAGUGAAGCAGGAGCUGCCCGAGGAGCCGUUGCAGGGCUGGGAUGGUCAGUGGCCCAGAGUGUUGGAGUUGUUGCCACCUCCUGUGACCGCCACGGAGUGGGAUGGCCUCCAGUUGCCUCAUGCGGGUCAAGGGACCAACACUGAGGCCUACUUGGCUGCUUUCGAGCGGAUGGCAGACACCACACAGCGCCCAAGAGAAGAGUGGGUGGCGCGGCUCAUGCCCGUCCUCGGCGGUCAAGCCCGGCAGGCCUAUUUUGGCCCAGAGGCCAAGGACAAGGAGGACCACGGCAAGGUCAAGGUGGCCGUUCUGCGUCUGGAUGACUCUCUCACCACUGAGUCGCACCGCCAAGGCUUCCGGCACUUCUCCUACCAGGCGGCUAAGGGGCCAAGGGGAACGUGCCGGCAGCUGCAGGAACUUUGCCGGCGGUGGUUGCAGCCGGAGAGCCAGACCAAGGAGCAGAUCCUGGACUUGCUCAUCCUGGAGCAGUUCCUUUUCAUCCUGCCACAGGACAUGCAAGACUGGAUCCGGGAACGCGGCCCUGAGACCUGCGACCGGGCUGUGGUCCUGGCGGAAGAGUUCCUGCAGCGGCAGCAGGAGGCGGAGAGGUGGGCCCAGCAGGUAAUUGUGCCAAUUGAGAUGGUGAUUGUCAAUUCUCCCACUGUAGAUCAGCCUCUGUCUGAGGCAGCACAGCGACAUCCACGCAGAGAAGCCAAACAAGCUGAAAAUGAAGGUAUCAGUUUGCAAGAAGAGAACUUUGUGACCAGAAAUGGGACCAAGGAUCUGCUCCAGGGAGAAGCUGAGCUGGAAGAGCAAGGAAGGAGACUUCAGGGAGGAUUCGGAGAGGCUUUUUUCCCAAGGGGUGAUCCGAAAAGAUCGCACAUGAGUGAGCACGGAUUGGGAAGGCAGCCAAAGGGUUGCCUGUCUGUGAGGAUGAUCCAGGACAGAGGCCUUGGAGAGGCCCUGUCUAACCCAGAAACAAAGCGGCACCUUUGCAAAGAGUGUGGGAAGCGAUUCCGGAAGAAGUGGGACUUGAUCCGUCACGAAAGGAUCCACACGGGCGAGAAGCCAUACCAGUGCCCAGAAUGUGGGAACAGCUUCAACCGGAACACAACCCUCACAAAGCACCUCCUCAUCCACUCUGGGGAGAAGCCGCACCAAUGCGCCUAUUGCGGGAAGAGGUUCACGCGGCGCUCACAUGUCACCAACCACCAGAGGCGCCAUUCAUGCCAAGGAAGGUCUUGACAAAGUACCGAUGGCUGCGAAUGGAUGGAGAGCAUGAAAGCCUUGCAGUCGCCUGUUUGUGCUGCAAGGUUUGGAGUAGAAGCUAAGCUGUUGCAGAGUGUGAUGGUAGCUAUGAGAAAUAUGCAUUGCUCGUCUGAUCGAUUCUGGUGAAAUGUGCCAGAAGACAAGCAACUUUCAGGAACACCCACCCUGAUCAAGUCAGAGAUCUCUGCCUGCUUCUAUCAUUUGGUGAAAGCCAAGGAAACGAAGGGAGUAUCAGAGAUAGGAAUGUCACCCAACUUUGCCUGAUGCAGAAUGAU